GUGUGUCCCAUUAUCGCCAGGCGCGUUUUGCCAGAACCUUCGCCACCACACUCUACCGUCCAAUCUCUCACUCUUCCUCCCCCCCCUUAACCUCUCUUUCUCACUGUGCUAAGUAGUAUUUAGUAUUUGCAACAAUCUACAAAAGCACUGAGAUUACAGGCUCUUUGAUAUCCUGUUCCGAUCAUCUGGUACUUUGUACCGAUUACACUCGUUUUUUUUUCUGUCAAGGGGAACUUACACUAGGUUCUUGUGCUGCCCUGUGCAGCGCUUAGAUCCGAAAAAGAUCGAUUAAACCCAUCCUUUUAUCUGCCUAGUCGAAAGCCACGAAACGCACGAAGAAGCUGCGCUAGAAAUACGCGACGAAUCCUCAAUCGACCGCCGCAUCUCGAGCCCGAGCUUUAGUUUUGGUCUAGGGUUAUACUAGCAAGCAGUAUCUUGCACACGCUGCCUUUUAACGUCGUCGAGGCAAACCCCGGCGGGCCGGCUGCCAAAGGUUGAUGUUCGCUUGAGGAAUUCCCAGAUUCUGUCUUAGGGCAUCUCGGUCUUAUCUCACCCCCCUUUUUUUGUCUAGAUCUUGUCUCAUUAAGUAGGCUGCAGCCCUUGUUGAGUAACAAUGGAAGCGUCUCCAGCGCGGCAUAGCCUUAGGGGUCUUUUAUUUCUCUUCUUGGUGUUUGUACUACAAGCCCAGGCUUUCUACAUACCAGGAUGGUCGAUAAAAAGCUACAAGAACGAAGAAAGUAUACCAUUACUAGUCAACAAGGUCUAUUCAGAUCACACACAAUUGCAAUUCGCCUACUAUGACCUCCCAUUCGUGUGCCCUCCCACGGGAGCCCGUCACGGCGGCCUUCUCAGCGGCCAGACCAUCUCCCUCAACCUCGGUGAGGUCCUCCGCGGCGAUCGCAUCGCCUAUUCGGAUAUGCAACUCGACAUGAUGCGGGACCGCCCCUGCAACUUCCUUUGCAACGCAGAAGUCAGCAAGAAAGACCUUGGAAGGGCCGUGGAGAUGGUGCGCGAUGGCUAUGUGGUGGAAUGGAUUGUUGACAACCUCCCCGGCGCAACAUCAUUCGUAACCGUCGACAAGUCUCGCAAGUACUACGCCUCGGGCUUCAAGCUGGGUUUCACGGAUCAGUCUACCGGGAGACCUCAUUACUUUAUCAACAACCACCACACCAUCGUGAUCCGCUACCGCAAUGCCCCUGGGAAGGCAGGCGAGCGCGGCGGCAAGGUCAUUGUUGCUUUUGAGGUGUACCCCAAGAGCAUUGGCCCGAAUGUGCCUAGGGAUGAGAGCGGCUGCCCAGCCGACAUGCACAAGGUCGACCAGAACUUUGAGCUUUACAUGCACCCGAACCACACUGCGAGCAUCGGCGGCGAUCUUGAGCAAAAGUCAUACCGCCCGGCCGAGGAGGAGGCUCUUGACGAGGACAAGAUGUCCAUCCCCUACACUUACUCGGUCUACUUUCGCGAAGACAACUCGAUCGAGUGGAACAAGCGGUGGGAUUUGUACUUUGUCAACCAGGAAGAGGGCUCGCGGAUCCAUUGGCUCGCCAUUGUGAACUCCCUCAUCAUCUGCGGUCUCUUGACGGCCGUGACCAUGAUGAUCCUUGCCAAGACCAUCCGAACCGAUAUCAAGGGUUACAGGGACUUGGCCGAGGAGGGCAAAUCGCGGCUGCUUCGCAAGGUCUCGGAAAAGCUACGCAGCCCUCCCCGCUCGCCCAAGGCCGGCGAGAAGACUGGCGGCUUGCUUGAACAGGAGACUGCAGUAGAUGCCGACGUCUUGUCUGAUGACGAGGCGAUCGAGGACAUUACUGGAUGGAAGCUACUUCAAGGCGACGUUUUCCGCUCGCCUACGUUCGGCUUCCUUCUCGCGCCCCUGGUCGGAUCCGGAAUGCAGCUUCUAUUCAUGGCUGUUGGACUGGUGGCCCUCAGUGCUUUCGGUGUGCUCAACCCUAGCUUCCGCGGAGGUUUCGUAAGCUUUGGUGUCGGUCUUUUUGUUUUCGCUGGGAUCUUUGCCGGAUACUUCUCGGCUCGCGUGUUCCGCACCUUUGAAGGCAAGGACUGGCGCCGCAACUCGCUCCUCACGGCACUUUUAAUUCCCGGCCUCCUGUUUGGAGCUAUCUUUGCCGUGAACCUCUUCGUCUGGGCUCAAGCUUCCAGCACAGCCAUCCCGUUUGGCACCCUCCUUGCUCUGCUGUUCCUGUGGCUUUGCAUCCAACUCCCCCUGGUCUAUGUCGGAUCGUGGUAUGGCUACGUUCGCGCGGGAGCUUGGGAGCAUCCUACCAAGACGGUUGUGGCCAUACCCCGGCAGGUGCCUCGCCGGCCUUGGUACAUCCAGGGGUUACCCUCUAUUCUAUUUGCCGGCUUGAUUCCUUUUGCCGUCAUCUUUAUCGAACUUUUGUUCGUGUUCCAGUCUGUUUGGCAGGAUAAGAGCGGUUAUUAUUACGUAUUUGGAUUCCUUGCCAUGGUCUCGCUCAUCCUGGUUGUGACCGUGGCCGAGGUGACGGUUGUGACCAUUUACGUGCAGCUCUGCUUUGAGAAUCACAACUGGUGGUGGCAAGCCUUUUUCCAGGGCGGUGGCAGUGCAGUUUGGAUCUUCCUGUACUGCGUGUGGUACUACUUUGCCAAGCUUCAUAUCACCGGCUUCGUCAGCAGCAUGUUGUUCUUCAGCUAUAGCUUCAUGGCGUGCUGCGUCUACGGACUUUUGACGGGAACCAUUGGAUUCUUGAGCGCUUAUGCAUUUAUCAGGCGGAUAUACGGAGCCAUCAAGGUGGACUAAGAAGAGAUCACUCUUGUUUGAGUGGGUAUUAGAUUUUGCCGGGCGGGCGAACAAAUGAGAAAGUAAAGAAGAAAAAAACAACGACAUGGACGAACAAAGACCGAAAACAUAUGGUACACUGAACAUACACGGCAUGGCUUCUCCUAGAGCAUCACGAUGCUUGACAUAUCUGCGCCUCUCUAUGAGAGUGGUGGGCAUGUAUUGUCUAAUACACCAUACGCACACCCGCUGUCUUUAUUGUAGCGACUGGGGAAUGAGUGUACAUGAGAGCUACUUUUGAAGAUAAUGGAUGGUUUUCUUUCAUACUAUUUCUUGUUUCAUUGGCGAAAAGGGUAUUUUGUCAUUUUAUAGUUUGGCAAGGCGCAAAUGAAUAGUAUAACUCGCUUCCGAGACACCUUGUCUGAAUAUUCAUCUGACAGUAUACUACACUUG